AUGGAUCUCCUUGGUAAACAGGAUCAGCUCAACAACGCUGAAAUCCCCAGGGAAAGGAAUGGAAUCUCCCUAGAUCCCUUGACCAAAAAAUCUAAGAGGACGCACAGAAAGAAGUCGCAAGUUCCAGGGUUGAUUGACAGCUAUGAAGGAAUGCAGCGUCCUGGCCUGUUGGCAUCCAAGGCAGACAAGAGGAACGGGAAGCACGAGUCCAAGAAGUCCAAGCUAUCGAAGCUGAGCGAGACGCAGCAGGAGGCUCUUCGUCGCUUCCUCUCUCUCGUGCAUGCUCGCAUGAGGCUCAAGAAUCUGUUCAAGGCUGUUGAUUCCAUCAGGUGGGCUCCACGCGUGAAGCCCUCGGAGGAGGAGGUGCAGGAGUUUGUCAAGCAAACGGCCGGGAGGUCAGGGACGUAUGUCAAGGAUACGUUCAAGGUAGCGAGCGUGGACAAAAUUCCGGCCAGCAGCUGCAUCGGAUCUUUUCAGUGGACCAAGAUUGACACUUCGGAUCCUGCCAAGUACAUGGUUGUCAACAUGAACAGCGAGACUGGCAAGAGCUACAACACGAUCUUGAUCCGGUUCUUCAUGGAACAUGUAUGGGGGAUCCGGAAGCCGGAUGUAGUCAUCUCAGUGACAGGAGGGGCUAUGCAGUUCGACCUCAGCACCGACGAGAAGGAUAAGAUCAUGAGGGGCAUGAUGGAGGGAACCAAGUCCCUCAACCCUCUCUUCGUGACUGGGGGGACGAACGCUGGGAUUAUGAAGUAUGUGGGGGAAGCAAGGGCCAAGUACAACCCUCACGCUCCUUUGCUCGGGAUCGCUACCUUCGGAUCCAUCCUUGGCAGCGAGUACAUGCUGGGCGGGGAUAGGGAUGCGAACGGCGCGCUGAAGACAUCGUAUGAAGAGAUCUCGCGCAAGAGCGAGAAGGAAAGGAAGAAAGUUUCGGCCAUGGGAGUGGGGCUGGAUGUCAACCACACGCACUUCAUCUUUGCCGACGACGGCUCGUUUGCUAAGUUCGGCAGGGAGACCCAGCUGAGGGCUGACAUCGAGUCCUGCAUCUCAGUCAACCUGGAAGGAUGCCCGCGGGGUUUCAAGCAGCACUAUGCUCGUGAGAACGAGAUGGAUAGAGUCAUCUUCAAGACGCUGCUGAAGUUGAGGAUGGGCUGGGAAGGUCAAAACAUCUCGGAGAACAAGGUCAAACCCAAGGAUAAUGCAGGGCCGAUCCCUAUCGUCUCAGUUUGCGUGCAAGGAGGAAUGGGAACAGUCAACACAGUGCUCGAUGCUGUGAACAACGGAACGGCCUCCAUCCUAGUGCGAGGGAGCGGGAAGGCGGCCGACCUGCUGGCCGACGCUGUGCUGAUCCGGUUCGCCAAGGGGCACAAGCACUGCAUCCCUCCCGGAAAGCUGGAGCAGAACCAGCGCUCUUUCCUCCGCUUCCUCACGGACCACUUCGGGCUGGACGAGGACAAGGACUUGAUCAGCAACGAGGACAGCGACGAGUACAAGUGCUACAACUUCACGAGGAUCAUGGAGAUGAUGGCUGACUUCUCCAACGUUGACAAGUCGGCUAUCAAGGACGAAGAGAGGAGGAAGGGUAUCCAGCGAGACGCCGCAGCUCUCAUCCGCUCCUACGAGCUCCCAACAGAAAACACGGACAACGUCGAGAUGAUCAGGAGAGCGCUGGCAGCGGUUGUGACCAACAAGUGCUGGGUGUUCAACCUGCAUGACCCCGAGCCCAACGCCAUCGACUUCAAGGGCUCGCUCCUCCAGUGCCUGCUCAACGGGAUCGGGAGGGGGAGGAAAGACAACGCGUCAGCGCUGCAGGCAAAGCUCAAGUACUCGAUCCUGUGGCAACGAGAGGACAUUCUGCAGUACUCGAUGAAGAAGAGCGGGCUGAAGAACAGGGACUUUCGGCAGUUCGUGGAGGUGUUGAACAAUUCUUACAUGCUCGCUCUCGCGCGCAACAACGUGCGCGCGGCGAAAAUGCUGCUAGAGCACGGGGCGAGCAUCGACAUCUUCCGGAUCAAGAUGCUGGGGCAGAAGCAGAUGAUGGACGAGCUGAAGACGCUGGGGCAGGGCGGCGACUCGCUCACGCUCUCGCUCGGGCUGCACUCGUCGCAGAUGACGGUGGCGGCGAAGAAGAAGAAGAGCGAUGUUCACGCCAUGAGAAGGUGGUCCCAGCUCAUCAAGAUGAGCAAGGGCGAACAGACGUCGGACCAUGUGAUGGCGCUGUCGUCCGACCUCAAGGACGAGUACAUCAACGAGGGUUAUAACUGCCUGCGAGCCAUGACCACUUUCUUCAACAAGAUGUUUGUCAGGCAGGAGGACAGCUUGCCGGAGGUGGGGGAGACGGACAUGGUAGCGCUGACGGAGCCGUUCUCGCUGAAGAUCAGGAGGAAGCUCUACAAGGAGCUCAUGGAGAAAGAGCGAGAGCUGAAGAAGUUGGUGAAGCGGCAGGAGCUGGAGGGUCAGCUCACGCAUAAAAUCAAACAAGUGAAGGACUACAAGAAGACUAUCAUCCUCCAGUCCCUCUACACCAAAGUCCUCGGCAGCCUCUUCCGAUACAAGCUUGGAACCGACGGGCCUUACGCAGAUCUCUUCCUGUGGAAUGUGCUGAUGAACAGGAGGGAGAUGUCGGAGUUCUUCUGGCAGGAGACUGUCAAUCCUGUCCUCUACGCGAUCACGGCUGCCUACCUCUUGCGCAACAUGUCGGAGGAGAAGGGGGUGGACACGUUGAACGCCAAGUCGAUGCAGAGCAAUGCUGAUCACUUCGAGGAGCUCGCCAUCGGUGUUUACCGGUUCGCUCUGCAAGAAGAUCUCAACUUGGCUAUCCAGGCGCUAGACAGUCCUCUGCGGAUGUGGAGGGGCAUGGCGCUGCUGGACCUGGCGGUCAUGAGCAAGAGCGAGACGUUUGUAGAGAAGUGCUGCCAAUCUUCCAUCGAGAAUCGCUUCUACGGCGACAUGUCUCCCUAUGACAACAACUUCUGGCGGAUCUGCCUUGGCGUUUUCCCCUGCUGCGGCCUGCUCGCCAUGGCAAACUUCUUCGAGUUCAAGCUCCCUCCCACGAGCGAAGUCCUCCGAUCCGCCACUCAACGAAGGAAGGCGCCCGACGGGUUUCCUUACGAACCUCGCAAGAACGACGUGUUGCUGGCGGUACUGCAGAGGAAAGCGCAUGGGCUUGACAUGAAACUGCGCAGACUGGAGCAGAGGGUAGAUGCUGGAGACACAGUGCCAGAGCCCGAGCUCAAAGAGCUUUGGAUGAAAACUUUCUCUCCUUUUCAGAAAUUCGUUUGCUUCUGGGCGGCUCCUAUCGUCCUUUACCUGGCCAACGCCAUGCAGUCAAUUGCCGUCACCAUCGCCUUCACAUUGUCUUUCAUGCCCAACACCCUUGUCGACAACUCAGUCAUCAUCUUGUACAACUCCGACAAGAUACAUCAGAUCGAAUGGGUCCUCGUUGUAUACUUUAUCUCUUCCCUUUUCCGCGAGGUCAUGCAGAUGGCUAUCGCUGGUUACCGCGAUUACCUAAUGGACGUCUGGAACAUCUUUGACCUCGGCGCCAUGAUCUCUUUCGCCUUGGGCUUCGCCCUCCACUUUGAGUGCAUCUCCACCCACUGCAACAGCCUGGAGUUCAGCUCGGCCAUGAUUGCGAUCGUCAUCCCCGCGCCCUUCAACGUCUUCUCCAUCAUCAUCUCACUUGCUACAUUCUUGUACCAUCGCCUGACUUACCUCAAGAAGUAUCCCGGUUACAACACCUCCCUCCUCCUCGACCUCCACUUCUCCCACAGCAAGCAAACUUCCCUCGGCACCAAGACGCAGGACAAACAGAUCACCUCGCAGGAGCGCAAGUCCCUGCUUCGCAUCAGCGCCUUCAUGGAGCACGUCAGAAGCAUGUUCCUCGAAGAGCAGCGCGUCAACGACCAUGUCGGCCGAAAGCUCGACCAGCUCUCGAAGCUGCUUCGCUUCCAGCAUGAGGAGCUUGCAAGGCUCGCCGAGAUGUACAACAAUCGCCUCCUUUCUGCCGAUGAGUUCGUAGCCGCCAAGGCUCUGUACAAGGCUGGUGCAGCUCUGCAGUUGCCAUCUCUUCCUCCCGCUACUCCUCCCAACAGCAGCCGUAUCGCAAGGAUCGCUUGCAAGAGAACGAUGGUCAACUUUCUGAGGAGCGCACCAACCUUCAUGACAGGACCAACAACCCAAGAGAACGCUGAGUUCAUCAGGACCACAGACAACUCCUCUACUCUGAUUGCCUACUGCCUCAAGAACAUCAAGGGCUUCAGCUACCAGAACGUCAUCAGCGCCAUGCACAGGCUCGCGGUCUUGACGCGGGCAAGCAGGAAGCAUCUGAAGCCGCGGAGGACCCAGCUCAAGGUAGUCGGGCACACGGGACUCAAGGAUAGCGCAAGGGCAGCCAUAGAGUCCGAGACCUUCUGGCUCGAGAAAGCCCUUGAGGCUCUGCUGCGUCGGGGAAUCUUACAAGUGCGAAGGAUGAACGGGUUCGCUGUGGUGAGGUUCCUGUGGUCUCUUGCGACCCUCAGGCACCUGCCUGAGCAAAACGAUCUCCUCCUCCUCCUCGAUCACGCGCAGUCAACGAUCCCCGAGCUAAACCCUGUCUCGCUGGGUUUGCUGUAUUGGUCGUGUGCCGUGCUUGAGGUCCCUUUGGAGGGAGAGUUGAGGUACAAGCUGGAUGAUGGGACGAUGAAGAACCUGCCUCUCCUCACCCCCCAGUGCAUCUCUAUGAUUCUGUGGUCAUACUCCAAGCAGAGAAAGGCGCUUGACACUGAGCUGUAUCAAGAGCUUUGUAAACAGGCGAUUCGACUGAUGGAGCAGUUCAAGCAGGAGGAGUUCAACAUGCUCCUGCUAGCCUUGAAGCAGCUCAGGUAUCCCCUCAGCCGAGAGAUGAAGGGAGCCAUCACAGAGCAUAUCAAGUUGCUCCUCCCCUCCAUGCACCAGGGCACCUUCGUGUCCGUCCUUGACAACCUGGUCAGGAGCAAAGAGAGUUGGGGCGAGGAGCUGCCAGCGAUAUUGAGCGAGUACGUGUACAAGAACGAGUCUGUGAUCAACGUGGACAGCCUUGUGAACAUCCUGUGGAACUUUAGCCAGUGGCAAGUGAAGCCUGACGACCAACUUAUUGAGCUCUCUCCCGUCAUGAUACCGAGGUUUGACGGGUGGAAGGUCAGCGCCUACCUCCUUGCCCACUUCAAGCUGCAGCUCAAGAUCGACGAGCAAGACAUCGUGUUGAUCAUGGCGCAAGUGCGGAACAUCACCAAGGGCAUGGAGGCAAACGAGAUCGGCAGCGUCCUGACUGCCAUGUCCAAGCUUGAGCUGAGGCCUCCCGAAGACGUGCACGACAAAAUGAUGAAGCGGCUGGCGGAGGGCAUCAACUACCUGGACGUCAAGUACCUCCACGACAUCCUCCGCAGCCAUGCCAUGCUCGGCCUGACUGUCACCGAGAAGAUCCUGGAGUGCCUCACCCUCCGCGCGCAGAACCUUGCCUCCACCUUCAGCUCCUUCGAGCUCUCGUUCCUGCUCUGGUCCCUCCAGGUCCUGAUGUUGCAACCCCCUGCUUACGUCAUAGAGGGUUUCAUCAAUCGUUCAAAGGAGAUUGCGCCCAGGCUGGACGAAGAGCAAGUCGAGAUGAUCAGGGAAGUGCUUGAGACUUGGGGACGACCAGGAGAGAUUGAAGCGAUCUUGUCGGCUCGCACGAGCAUGCUGCCAGAGCGCGAGAACGAGCUGGAGAGCGAGGAGGAGGAGACGGCCUACGAUCAUCAGGAUUACGAUGCUUCCCGAUAGUGAGGAUGCAGAGAUACAAGCGUUAGUGCGAGCACAAGGAUUGUGCUAGACUUGUCGCCUCGUCUCGCCAUGCUGACCAUCAGCAGAGGAGGAGAAGUGUCCACAGACAGGAAGAGCACGGGACAGACGCCCCCGCCCAUUCCCUUCCUCUUACACCUGCUUGCUCUGAUUCUUGGGCAGCCCGGCUAUGAAUGUUGCCAUGGAGAUUUAGAGGAUAUGCCGGAGUGAAUAUCACGAAGUCUCAUUCCAUUGCGGAGGAACGUCUCAACGGUUGCUUGUUCUUGUCGUUUUCUUGUAAAUUUUGUUGCUGCUG